AUGCUUCUAACUGAAAAAGAGCCUUUCUUUCCUGUGUUAGUGGAAAAUCGAAAUAUAUUUAGAAAAUUUAAGAGAAGAUAUAAUUCUACUUAACCUAUGGAACGGAGGAUUGAGCAAUCAGCAGAUUCCUUUUAUGAAAAAUCUCUUUUCGUUCAGAGGAAAGAAUUGCAACUCCGAACCCUCGAACCUAAAAAAUAAUAUGUAGCCAAACCACCUAAAACAAUAAUACUUAAAGAGAACAUACCUGAAGUACUUAGUUUUGACAAAAUGUUACUUGCGUUUGUGUAGUUGAAUAAUUAAGAUAAAAAUUAGAAAAAUAUGUAAAAAAAGACUCUUAAAAUAAUUACAUAACAUCAAGAACUAGUUGUACUUGAGGAAGAACAUAAAUCCCUCCAAAGUCGUUUCUUUACAGAAGUGUAGUCGUAUCUCAAUGAAUGUUAUAGAUUCUGA